AUGCCUGCCGACUCUAACGAAGUAAUUAAAUGGUAUACAAGAUGUGUUGAGGAUAAUAACCCAACUGGACAAUACAACCUCGGAUCCUGCUUCCGAAAUGGCAUAGGCAUGAUUAAGAACGAUUGGAUGGUAUCUAAAUGGGUUUUGAAAUCUGCGAAACUUGAGAAUAAAAUUGAAAAUAAUGGUAUGCGUUUAGACGAUCGAUUUGAAGAAUCAAUAAUGAAAAUUAAGAAUAGUGUGAAUAAAGGUGCCGGAAAUGAAAGUUCAGAUAUAUUCAAUCAAUGGCUCCGAUACUUACUAAUUGACUGGCCCCUUACUUCCAUCUUCGAUCCUGGAGGAAAUAUUCGUUUCAUACUAAAAGGAUCAUGGACCACUCGGGAACUUCAGAUUAAAAAUUAUCCUAUCUAA